AUGGGAGAAUUAGAAGAUACUUACCAAAAAGACAUCAAAGAAAUCAAGGAAUGGUGGGCAAUGGACCACAAAAAGCACUUGACAAGACCUUACACUGCUGAAGAAGUUGCUCAGUUUAGAAACAGUGUUAAGACCGAUUACCUUUCGUCCAUCCAAGCUAGAAAACUUUGGAAAACUUUGAAUUCUUACCGUGCUGCCAAAGAACCUCUCAUGACAGUUGGAUGCGUUGAGCCAUUGCUUGCCUCCCAAAUGUCCAGAGCCGGUUUAGAGUGUGUUUAUGUGUCUGGGGGUGUUAGUGGACUCACUCAAGUCGAGGAGCCAGGUGUGGAUCAUGCAGACUACCCUUGGGACACUGUUCCAAGGGUUGUCAACAGAAUUGUAAAGUCUCAGAUGUGGAGAGACCGUACUCAAAGACAACACCUUCUCUCUUUGUCCGAGGAAGAAAGAAAAACAUAUCCUCAGUUUGACUUCUUACUUCCCAUCAUUGCAGAUGGAGACAUGGGGUUCGGAGGUGUUACCACCAUUGCCAAGUGCACUAAAGUAUUUGUUGAAGCUGGGGUGGCCAUGUUCCACUUAGACGAUUUGGCCAUUGGUUUGAAGAAGUUCACCCAGGGUAUUGGUAGAACUAUUAUUCCAACCAGUGAAUACUUGAAGCGUCUUACCGCAGCCAGAUUUCAAAUCGAUGUGAUGGGUGCUGACACUUUGUUGAUGUCUCGUAUUGACUCGUACCAGUGCGGUUUCAUUACCUCUGUAUUUGAUGCUAGGGAUCACAAAUACGUUAUGGGUUCCACAAACCCAGACAUCGCUCCAUUGAUAAAGGUGUUGGCUGAUGCAAGACAAGCUGGAGAAAGUAUCGGGGCUGCGAAAUUAAAGUGGUUCAAAGAUGCUGCAGUCAUGACUUUUGACGAAGCUGCAGAGAAAGACUUGUCUGCAGAUGAGUUUGCUGCUUACAGCAAAUUAAUUGACGGUGAUAAGUUUGCUAGUUUAACCAAGAGAAGAAAAUAUGCCAAGGAAGCAGCUCCAGAGAAGACUAUUUUCUUCGACUGGGAUGAUGGUAGAAACUCCUAUGGUCACUAUUUGUUCAAGCAGUGCAUUGAGUCUGUUAUUGACAGAGCCAUCGCUGCUUUGCCAUUGACUGACACAACCUGGGGUCGUGUUGAUGCUCCUAUCCCUGCUGAUGUGGAAAAGUUCCAUGUGGAAUUGAGUAAGGUCUCUCCAGGCCGGGUAUUUGGAUUUGGAUACGUUGGGGCUUACAACUUCGCUAAAGCAGGAUAUACCGAAGAGCAGGUCAAGAACUUCCAUAAUGAUCUUGCUGAAAUGGGUGCUAUUUGGCAAGUGCAACCAAUUUUUGCUAUUCAAGGUAUUAACAUGUUCAAUAACGAGUUCCUUAAUAUGUGGAAGAAAGAAGGUAUUUUUGGGUAUGCUAGAGACAUUACCAAGAAGGCAGAGGACCCUGCUCCUUUCAAACCUGGCGCCUUCGCUUCUUGGGGUGGAGGCUAUCUUGCUGAUGGUUUUAUUGACAUCACCGAUGCAAACGACCACCAAAUUCCACUUGAGUAG